CCCUUCCUUUAUUUUUUGCUCCUCACUUCACAGUCUUCUCUUCUUUCUUUUCUUCUGAAUACACACACUAGUUCUUUCUCUAGCUUGUUCAUCUGAAUCUCUCUCACCAAGACUGAAUCAUGGUUUUUACUUCCAUCCCAGCUUCUUAUUUUGAUGCAUCCAACUGGCAGCAACAGCAACCAAACAACCAACCCGGAGGCAGUGGUUCCACCUCGCGGCAGCUGCUUCCACCACCGCCACCGCCAGCGCCACCGCUUCCUGCUGCAAUGCAGUCUCAUGGAGAGGGUGCAACCAGACCAGGAUCCAUGGCUGAUAGGGCAAGGAUGGCCAACAUGCCAAUGCCAGAGGUUGCACUCAAGUGUCCACGCUGCGAAUCCACCAACACCAAAUUUUGCUACUUCAACAACUACAGUCUCUCUCAGCCGCGCCACUUCUGCAAGACCUGCAGAAGGUACUGGACCAGAGGCGGCGCCCUAAGGAGCGUCCCAGUCGGCGGAGGCUGCAGGAGGAACAAGCGGACCAAAGGUACCGGCGGCGGUGGCGGCUCCAACUCUCCGGCAAGCUCUGACCGCCAGACAGGAAGUGUGAAUUCCACCAACUCGGUAUCUUCCAAGAAUGAGAGAAUAGGACUUGCACCCCAAAUUCCACCCCUCAGAUUCAUGCCUCCACUGCAUCAACUUGGUGACUUUGGAGAUGGAGACAUUGGCCUAAACUAUGGCCUCAGUUAUGCCCCAAUGGGAGGGGUAGAGGACUUAAGUUAUCAAAUUGGAGCAAGUGCUUUUGGUGGUGGUGGUGGUGGUGGUGGUGCCACUUCAAUCUUCUCUGCACCUAGUUUGGAACAAUGGAGAAUGCCACAACAGUUUCCCCUCUUAGCUUCCAUGGAAGGUUCAUCACCAGCUUCUAAUUUAUACCCUUUUGAAGGAAGUGCAGAGGUGAGUGGAUAUAUGAGGCCAAAGGUUUCAACUUCUGGGAUCAUGACGCAGCUAGCUUCAGUGAAAAUGGAAGAAAGUAGGGAACCUAACUCGUCAACACUUUUCUUGGGAAACUAUAAUCCAGUGAAUGAACAAUAUUGGCCCAGUGCUACUUCUGCAUCUUGGACAGAUAUUUCUGGGUUUAGCUCCUCUUUCACUGCAAGCAACCAUCUAUAGAGCCUGUGAAAAAAGCUUCUGGUUUUGGUUCAUGUGCAUGGCUUCACUUUCUUUUAUCUUAUUGGAGACAAGUUUUAAUCGAACUCCAUUAUUUUCUCAGUCCUAAUACGACGAGAUUUGAGCCUUGGAGGAUAGCUAGAGUACUUUUCUCUUAAGAUUAGAAAAGCUAGGGAUGCUGGCUCCUUUUCUUUUAAUCGUAAUAUGUUUUCCUUGUAUUUUCUUUGUUUCACAUAAUGUUUUAUGUUUCAUUGUAUGACAACGUUGAAUGUCGUUUUCUUUUCUUGAAGUUGAAUUGCGGUAUGAAGUUUGAAUCUGUGGACCUCAUCUUAAC